AUUGAUCCUCGAAAGAUCAGUGUUCGGUACUCAAUUGGAAGUUUAGUGUUAAGCGACAAAAAUCGUUCCGGUAACACCGAAGUCCGAUUGAAGGGAUUUAAGCAAAAGUUUAAGUGAACUAUACGAAGAAACCCGCAAACAUGUACUCGAAAAUGAUCGCUGUCCUGGCGUUAGCUGCCGUAGCAGUGGCAGCUCCCCAGCACCAGGAAGCCGCUCGUUUCCCAGCUGGAGUGAAUCCCCAAGCCUGCCCUUCGUACCCGAACUGCGACAACGCCGCCCUGCACAACCAAAACCCAGUGUCCACGCAUGCUAACAACCACUGGAACCCGAACUGGAACGCCCAGCCAGCGGCUCCAGCAUGGAACGCUCAACCUGCUGCCCCGUCCUGGAAUCCUCAGCCGGCUGCCCAUUCCUGGAACCCACAACCUGCUGCCCCCUCGUGGAACCCACAGCCAGCGGCUCAUUCCUGGAACCAACAGCCAGCUGCCCCAGCGUGGAACGCUCAGCCACAGCCCCACUGGAACUCGUUCCCGGCUGUCACCGGCCCUGCUAACAAUCAUCUGGCUGCCGCUCCAGCACCAACCGCCGGUGGUGACAAGUACCCAGCUGGAGUGAACCCACACACCUGCCCCAACUACCCCUUCUGUGAUAACUCUGCCCCGGCUGGAGCUCCCCAGGUUGCUCCCCUGCCAGGCUACACCGAGCGCCAGUACCCAGCCGGAGUGUCUCCGCACAGCUGCCCGAACUUCCCGUACUGCAACUGAGCACCUGUGAUCCAUACCAUCCCUGACCUCAACCAGUAAACUUACACGGACCCCUCCAUUUCGUGACACCAACUGAAUUCUCUUUUGCCCAUUUUCAAUAUGUGUCUAACAACUUUCCGCUAACCUUCAUGCUUUACGCGCUGCUAUGUACUGUACACACACCCCCGUAUCCCAAAUACUCAUCUAAUCAGACUCAUUCAAUGUGGGGUGGUUGAAAACUGGAAGGAAAAAACCCAUCACAAAAUCACUGCCAUGUUUGUUUCGUGUAAAUAUAAUGUUCCAUGACUAGUAAGUUUGUGACUUGCCCGUUGAAGUUGUGCAUGUGUAAUGAUAGUGUUCCUUUUUUGAGUUAUAUAUUUUGUUUUGUGUGGAAAAGACAACGGAUAUAGAAGAAAUUAAAUAUGCGAUUUCGAUAUUUAAACAUAAA